CGCCAUUGUCCACCCACUGGAGAACCGAGCGGCCCGGAAGCGGGGUGGCCGAGGCGGUGGCGUCGCCGAGAACCCGGCCGGUCGCCGGGGGCCAGGGAUGGACGCAGCGGAGCAGGACGUGGCGGGUGAGGCGGCGGCGCGGCGUCCGGAGCCGGUGACCUUUUGGGAUGUGGCCGUGGACUUCAGCCAGGAGGAGUGGGGGCAGCUGGACCCCGUUCAGAGGACGCUGUACCGGGACGUGAUGCUGGAGACCUACGGACACCUGCUCUCUGUGGGGCCGGAGCUUCCCAAGCCUGACGUCAUCUCCCAGCUGGAACGAGGGGCUGAGCUCUGGGCCCUGCAGAGGGGAGUGUCCCCAGCCUGCCGCGCAGACCCUGGUCUUCCUUCAGAUCUGCUGCUGGCGCCUGAGAGCCACGUCUCUCCCGAGGAGCAGCGUGUCGAGGAGGAGGUGCCCCGUGUCUCCGCAAGGAAGGGCUUCCCGAGGGCCGCUUUCCAGCCCGCCGAGUCGGGCCGCCCCGAGAGGUCACCCGCCAGGGGCCGGGGAGGUUCCGGGCCGUUGGGAUCGCACUGCGAGGAAGCCGAGACUCUGGAGAGGGACCGUGAAGGUCCCCAGCCGCGGUCAGCUCAGUUCUCGGAGUGCUCUGCCACCCCAGAUCCCAGCGAUCGCCCCGACGCGGCCGUCCCGCUCGGCCGGCAGCCGGGCUGGGGCGGCGGCGACACGGUCCCCGGUCACACCUCCUCCGGGGCCACCCCCGGCCAGGCUCCGGCGAAGCCCUACAAGUGCGGCGACUGCGGGAAGGCCUUCAGCCACAACGCGCACCUCACGGUGCACAGGAGGACGCACACCGGGGAGCGGCCCUACGCGUGCCACGAGUGCGGCAAGGCCUUCAGCCAGAACUCCUCGCUGGCCCAGCACCAGCGCAUCCACACCGGCGACAAGCCCUACAAGUGCGCCGAGUGCGGCAAGGCCUUCUGCCACAGCACGCACCUCACCGUGCACCGGCGGAUCCACACCGGCGAGAAGCCCUACGCGUGCCAGGACUGCGGCCGGGCCUUCAACCAGAACUCGUCGCUGGGCCGCCACAGGCGCACGCACACCGGGGAGCGGCCCUACGCCUGCAGCGUGUGCGGCAAGUCCUUCUCCAGGACCACCUGCCUGUUCCUGCACCUGAGGACCCACACGCAGGAGCGGCCCUACGAGUGCAGCCACUGCGGGAAGGGCUUCCGGCACAGCUCCUCCCUGGCGCAGCACCGGCGCAAGCACGCGGGGGAGAAGCCCUACGAGUGCCGCCAGCGGCUCAUCUGCGAGCAGGCGGCCCGCCGCGAGUGGGCGGCGGCCGCCCUGGGCCCGCAGGAGAGGGCCGCCCGCGGCGACAGGCCCUUCCGGUGCGGCCAGUGCGGCAAGGGCUUCCGCCAGAGCUCUCACCUCAUCCGGCACCAGGUCACGCACACCAGAGACGGCUGCGGGCGCGACCGGCGCCGGGAACAGCCCUGCGGCCGGAGCCCCGCGGCCACGGGGAAGGCCGCCGCACCAGACGGCGGGGCCCUGGACUCGUCGGACAGCCAGGAGAUGGCGCAGGACAAAAGCCCGGGGCCCGGGGCUGCGGUGGAGGAGCCUCCCGCGGCCGCGGCCGCUCCCGCCUGGCCGGGCAUCCGAGAGUCCCCCUAGAGCCAGAGGCGCGGAGACGUGCUGAGUCCCCGGGCGCGGUGCUCGGCGACGCUCAGAGAUGCUGCUGCCACCGUCCCGCUCGCCCCUGCAGCCGUGAAUACCCACCUGUCCCAUCUCUACCUGGAGAGGAGGCCCGUCAGCGGACGGCCCCUUUGGUGGAGAAAUGUAAAGCAGACCGCUCUGCACCGCUGACACAGCCCGAUCCCGGCGCUGGGGCCGCAGUGGCCGUGUGUCUGCUAGACGGCCGUGGUGGUAGCCGCCACGGUGCUGUGAGGGCGUUUUUGUACAGGAAGUGAGUUUCCAGAGGGAGGACUGUGUCUUGCAGCAGUUUUCAAAGGCAGUGGGGGUGCACCGGGUUAGGCGGAGCGCAAGGACUCCUGCCAGGAUCCCGGUUCGAGCCCCCGGCUUCCCACCUGCAGGGGAGUCGCUUCCCGGGCGGUGAAGCAGGUCUGCAGGUGUCUGUCUUUCUCUCCCCCUCUCUGUCUUCCCCUCCUCUCUCCAUUUCUCUCUGUCCUGUGCAAUAAAAUGGAAAAAUGGCCUCCGGGAGCAGUGGAUUCGUAGUGCAGGCACCGUGCCCCAGCCAUAACCCUGGAGGCAAAAAAAAAAAAAAAAAAAGUUCGACCAAACAGAAGGUCACUGUCCUCUUAGAGCUUCUGAAACUGUUUGGAGACGUUUCUGUGGAAGUGGAUUUCACACGGCUUAUUUAUCUACUUUUCAGGCUGGUUGAGUUUUGUCUUCCACCAGCCUUCAUUCACUCUUUUUUUUUUUUUUUUUGGUAUUAUCUUUAUUUAUUGGAUCAAGACAGCCAGAAAUUGAGAGCAAAGGGGGUGAUAGGGAGGGAGAGGGCAGAGGGAAGAUAGCAUAAUGGUUAUGUAGAGACUCUCAUGCCUGCGGCUCCAAAGUCCCAGGUUCGGUCCCCCGCUGAUAAGAUAAAAAAGGGGGGCAGAGAGACACCGGCAGCACUGCUUCAGCGUUUACAGAGCUUUCCCCCUGCAGGUGGGGACUGGAGGCUCCAACCAGGGUCCUGGCACACUGUGACAUGGACACUCGACCAGGUGCGCCCCCACCUGGCCCCACCAGCCGUAUUCUUACUCUGAAAGAGUCCCUGCAGCUGGCUUUCUUGUGCAUAUACAUACAGUGGUGGUUUGUCAGUUUCUGUCUAAAUUACAAACACACAGACUUAUUUUCGUUUUGUAUCUUUUACCAGAGCCCUGCUCAGCUCUGGCUUAUGCUGGUGCAGGAGAUUGAACCUGGGACUAUGGAGCCUCAGGUGUGAGAGUCUCUUUGCAGAACCAUUAUGCUACCUACCCCCGCCCCACACAGACCUUUUGAGCAGGUAAAUCUCCUGCUGGGACUAAGUCCGGUGACAUCAUGUAUGCAGACUUUGCCUUGUUUGUUUGUUUACCAGAGCCUGGCUCAGCUCUGGCUUGUGGUUGUGCGGGGAACUGAACCUGGGACUUUGGAGCCGCAGGCGUGAGAGUCUGUUUGCAUAACCACUGUGCUGUCUACCCCACCCUGUGUAUGCAGACUGUACAUGACUCUUUUUUUUUUUUAUCAGGAGGACUAAUGGCUUGCAGUAAAUACUGUUGUUGCUACA